UACUACUGCUGCUGUUGUUGAUCCGCGAUCGUUGUGAUGGCGCUGUCUAGCGGUCGUCAAUUCUAGACAAGGAAGAAAAACCGCAUAGCCGUGUCGCAGUACUGCUUACUCAGCCCUUCUUGAAAUACAGCAGACACAACUGGUUACGUGCUUUGCUCAGCUAUUGUCAGCCGUGGUUCGUGAUAAAAUCGUCGCAAUUAAGUGCUGCUGUUCAGAUUAUGUGGUUCACUGCGUGCGCUUUUGUGUGAAACAGUAAAAAACAGAGCAUUGAUUGUAAAGACUUUCCAAGAUUUUGUCGCUGAAUGUAGUGAUCCAACCCCUCCAAAAUUCACUGUUGUUUACAGUCUGAAGUCGCUGUUUCAAGAAGACUCUCUUUGCUCAAGCGAACCUGCUUGGGUUUAACAGGAUCACGGCAAAGCAGCCGUCAACAGAACUACUCCCGCGUCGGUUGAGAGGGUUGAUCAUCACUUUUAAUCACAAUGGCUGAUAACAGCGAAGGAGAUACAAGGCCGCAGGACCAACCACGACAACAAACGCAGCCACGUGGAAUUAAAGAUAUUAUUGUUGAUCUGGUUGAGCAAAAAAUGGAGCUUCUUUUAUGGUUAUCGCGGUUAGCCUGUACCAUGUUCACAGUCUCCUAUCUACUUGGCGGCCUGGGCGGCAAUCCGUACUCACUUUACCAGAAAGCGCUCAUUUGCAACGGGGUAACCUCUGCGCUCAGGUUGCAUCAGAGGGCACCAACGGUCCGGCUGAACGCGGAGUUUUUAACAACAAUUUUAGUCGAGGACUCUUGCCACUACUUGAUCUACUCGUUGAUUUUUUUGUCCUGUCCUCCAAUUUCGAUGGUGCUUUUACCACCGAUGCUGUUCGCUGUCCUGCAUUCAACCUUGUUCUCUUUACAACUGCUCGAGCGCGCCGGUUUGCAGCACUCAAAGGUCUCUGAAUGUCUACGAAUUCUUCUUCAAAGCAACCGAGUAAGGGUGUUCCGACUAAUAGCAAUGACUGAGAUUUUCUUGAUGCCAACCGUCAUAAUUGGACUCUUCUGUGGACGCGUCAGCCUUAUGGCACCGUUCAUGUACUAUCGUUUCUUGAAACUGCGCUAUGCGUCGAUGCGCAACCCCUACAAUCGCAACGUAUUCUAUGAGCUCAAGUUGCAUGCGAAUCAGCUGGCCGCUCUUCCCAAUUGUCCUAUGAUCAUUCAGAGAGGAAUCUACUUUAUCGUGCGUUUCAUCGAGUCUCGAGCGGGUUAGAUAUAAAAAAUAACAUACUGAUUCUGUCCGCUCCAGUUAUUAGUAAAAGAAAACGAAGAUGUUCAUAGGAGGUGAAAAAUCGAACCUCCUCAGGUGUUUCAAUAUCACGUCUGCUACAUUCAAGAUGUGCAAAGCUGCCACCUAAAAAGGUUUGGAAAAAGGGCAGAUAGUGGAAAGGUUGGAAUGUAGUUGUAAGCACGUUUGAACCACGUCUUAUUGCGCCGUUGUGAAUGCAGCUCAUAAAAAUAACGGUUGUUGCCUGCACAGAUAAAUUACAUAUAUAUAUAUAUACAUCUGUAUAUCUGGCUACUAGAUUAAAGUACUGAAAACACGGCCCAAUAAAUAGUUGUUAAUGGCCAGGCAUGAUAGAAUACACCUUACACACACACACAGAUGUGCUGCGGUCUACUGAAAAACAACUACAAUGUAAAGUGGUGGACGAAGUAAAGGAAAUAGCCAAGGACAAGAAAUAGACAGUUGAAGCACAACGAAAUAACCUGUUGUUCGCUUUUUUAUAGACGCUGUUUCUGAUUAUGACAGCCGCUUUAGUUUCCUUUACUACGCUUCUUAUACUAUAAUAGUUAUAUAUAAAAAUAUGUACGAAAAUGAAUAAAAGGUUUAAUGAAUAAAUGCUGUGUGGGUGUGUGUGUGUGCUGAUUGAUUGACUGACUUAACCAGUUUUCACCAGUGAAAAACAUACAUGGUUACUGUUUUCGUAUAUAGCAUUUAUGUUGAAAAAGAGAACUACGAUUAAAUAAUAUCUGAAAGCGAGGCGUCUUCAUCAACAGAGUGACCUGCGGGAGCGUAUUACGGAUUUCUCAACUAUCGCUGAUAAUUAUGUCAAAAAGUUUUUCUUGAUAUCUAUUAUCAUUUUCUGCUGCUGCUGCUAUUGUUUAUUAUUACAACCAAUUUAGUAGAAAUAACGGUGGGCUACGAAAAAAUUUUGUCUCGAGCCCAAAAAGUCAAUCUGCUUGCGUUUGGUGAAAAUUCAAAUGCAUUGAUAAAAUUGGAAAAUCAGCUCUGUUCGAACAUUCCGAUAUUUAAAAAAAAAAGAAGCGCUUUAUAUUCAGUCGUGUCAAUUUUAUUUUUAGGAUCCUUGUUGUGUUCCUUCUAAAGAUGCUUGCAACGGUUGCUAGUAAGAAAUAAAUUCACUCAAAAUUGGAAUUGAUUGGUUUUGCAAAUCAAUCUGUACAGGCAAACUACUAGGUCGUGAUGUAUUGUAGUUGUCCUGCGGUGAAAUAAUUGAGAUCUUUUUACUUUAAUCAAUCUCAUAAAUAUCUGUAUGUAAUUGCAGUUUAUAUUUAGACUAGAUUUUACUUGUAUCGAAAGGAAGCAAUGAAAACUCUUAGUGAUCAUACACGCCUCCACUUUGUUCGGCCUCCUUCGAACACGCCAAUCAAGUAAUGCAUCCUCUUUCUAUUUGAACAGAGCCUAUGAUAGGUGCGUAUUAAGCUUUCGAAGCACACGCUAAGGGAACAGAUAUAUUGUUGAUGUGUUGUGACCCAGUUCAUUUAAGGACUUUUCUUGGCAAACAACGUUAUAACGCACCGUCAACAUCCAAAAGGCUUUGCACUGUGUUUAUGUGAGAAUGUAACCUUGCGUUUGCAUCGAAGGUCGCAUGUACGUCUUUGUUUUAUGUAAGUAUCCUCGUAAGACAUGUAAUCGAUACGCCCCUGGCAAGUUCAUUACUUAGUUGUAUAAUGCAGGGCAACGUUACUGGGUUGGAUUAAUAGGGGCCGCAUACAUCAACUACGUAUAUGAAGACGGCCAUAAUAUUGAGUUUACAGGUAGAAAUCGAAUAAAGAACAUGGAAAAUCGUGGUAAUUAUAUGACAUGGGGUAAAUAUGGUAAACUGAUGAAAAAAUUGAGUACGGAGAAACUAAUGACGUCAGGCUUUAGCGGAAUCCAUUUGGUCUGAAGAGGGCAUGUAAGUGGUUACAGGUGUUUGGUGGUUAUUGCGUGAGCAAAAGCACAGGAAACUGAUCAUUCUCUACUAUUAGAGUGUAAUUGAAAAGGUUAACACCAAUGAGCAAAAAGGUAGGAACAACAACGUUUGAAAAUGGCUAACCCAUGGUAUUAUCUUUUAAUAACAAUAAUAUUAUAUAUUGCUUUUAUCAUUCUACUACAUCCUACUGUGAAGUAGCAGAGUUUGCUUUCAAUGUAUGGUAAUGCCUUUUCUUCUAUUUAUCAUAUUGAGCUGUCUAAAAUGAUCUUCCAGGUGAUAAAUAUGUCUUUCAAUCCUGUUAUGAGAAAACACGAGAUUUUGUUCGUCAACAUAGUACACCGACUGUACUGAAGAGUAUGCAAUCUUCGUUAGUUUGAAAGAAGCGGGUUGCAAUCGCUAAUACCUAGGCCCAAUAGAAGCUGCUAUUUGGCUCCCAGCUAUGUCCUAUCGUCUGCAAAAAUCAAUAUUAUUAUGCAACCUAUGCAGUUCAGCGGCUGUUCCGAUGCCUU